GUGGAUCAAAUCUCUUGCAAAUUUGCACAAUCAGCAGUUUGUGGAUCGGAUGGCAAAAUAUACGAAAAUAGCUGCGAGUUUGCAAAGGCACGUUGUGUGAACAAAUUAUUGAUACAAGAAGACACUAAAUUUUGCAACAAUUACAGGGUGACCUCGACAUUUUCACAGAACGUAACUGGGUACACCUCACCUUUAUCAAUGGCAAAAGUGUCUACAACAUCGAUGUUAUCAUCAACAAUAGCCACGAAAUCAAUUCUAAGUACACUGGCGCUGGCUAGUACGAUGCAUACUGAUUCAACAACGAAGUCAACCGUAUCUUCUAUAACUGCACAAACGCAAUCAACCGUUUCUUCUAUUGCACAAACGCAAUCAACCGUUUCUUCUAUUGCACAAACGAAGUCAACCGUAUCUUCUAUUGCACAAACGCAAUCAACCGUUUCUUCUAUUGCACAAACGCAAUCAACCGUUUCUUCUAUUGCACAAACGCAAUCAACCGUUUCUUCUAUUGCACAAACGCAAUCAACCGUUUCUUCUAACGCAUUGACUAAGUCGUCGGUAUCUUCUAAGGCAUCAACUACGCUAAUCAUGUCAUCUUAUGUUCCAAAUACGACCGUUCCUACUAACGCAAAAACUUCUCCCAUAUAUAGUAGCGCACCAACUUCAACUGCACCAACUAAAGCAAUAUCCUCAACCGCAUCAACAGACGCACCAACUCCUCCUUCUUAUUGUCAAAACAGGCAUUCCAUUUCCUGUGGGUUUACUUUUAAAAUUGUCUGUGGAUCGGAUGGCAAAAUUUACGCAAACUUGUGUAUGCUUGCGUUAGGCCGCUGCGAUAAUCCAUAUCUCACGCAGAAAGACUGCUAGUGUGUAUACCUUGGAUUGUGAAAUAAAUGUGCAUGGCGCUUGUUUGAAGUUGUUUUAAAAUCACCAGAACAAGGCUCUUACAAGUUUGAUCGU